AUGCAAUCUGCUUCAUGGUCAUCGUCCGCAGAAUUCCGUCUUAGAGGCACCCCUCCCAGCCCAGAGUCCAUAGGGUCAGGGACAAGUGCCGGUGAAGGGACCUGCAGUGGGGUGGACAAAUCCCAAACUCCUGGAGGGUAUCUCAAGAAUGCAAAAGCAGAAUUGUUGGAAUUUAAAGAUUUUGGGUGGCCGCAGGGGCCAAGCAAGAGAACACCAUCCAGGUCAGGGCCAGCUAAACAUAACGGUAGAUCAUCACUAGGUACCAUCAUAGAGAUGGGUGAAGGGAAUGGUACGCCGGGUGACGACGCAAUCACCACCUUCUGUACUCUCUCUUCUAAAUUCUCUCCUGACGACUUCGACUCCGUUUCAGGUAAACUUCACGGCACUGUGACUUUCGGUAGAUCUUCUCCUAAAAUCUCCUUCACCGCCGAUCCUUGGGGAAGCUCAUUGCCUCAAUCACACACUGUCGGAUCGGCAAACAACCUAGGUGUGGGAGGAAUGUCGGGAAAUCACACAACUGACUUGAUACCCCUCGGACCCCAUAGCGAUGAGGACACUGUCUACCCUGAUCACCUCCCUUCCACUAUCCCCAUCUCAGUCUUCAUCCGUCAAUCCACCAUCACCCUGGCCAAAGCUAUCACUUAUAUCCUACGGUUAAUCCUGGUCAUAGAGACAUGGCUCGUAAUACUACCCAGUCUCAACAUGUUCAGUUUGAGAUCACUCAUGUGGACAGCUUCACACGUGGCAAGACCGCGUUCCUUCUUCACCAACCCGAACGGAGCUUCCAAUUCGCCUUCUAUGAACGUCACCGAAGCAGAAGUUGUACUUUCCAACGAAACAAUAGCCAAUGCUUCUUCAGGGCUGGGAUCGUCAAGAAUGAACUUACGACAGAUAUUCCUGCCAGAUCUCACAAGUGCGAGGUUGAUUCUCAGUUCAUUGAAACGAUGGUAUGACGGACAAGCCAGCACGCUGGUCACCUUUAUAUUCCGUGGCCAGGUUCUCACCAUCAUCCUUGCCGCCUCUCUGGUCGGCAUGAUCUUUCUCCGUGAAUGGAUCCUCCAACAUGAUUGGAACCAACACCUAACCAAACCUGCUGAACCGGAAGAAGAAAUCAAUGUGAAUGACUGGCUGGUCAUUCGUGGCAUAGCGUUGACCAGAGCCGAAUUCGACCAAAAAGUGGCAGCGUUCCGGAGAGUUCAAGAGGCCAAAGUGGGUCGCAAGCCACACGGAAAAACCAAGGUCGCCAAGUCUGAGCCAGACAUGUCUACCAUCAUCACCAAUCGUCAGUCCAGCGAUGCCAAGUUGAUUGCUCCUCUACCUCGGCGGAAUAGUUACACAUCGGACUCGCCAUUUGGGGAUGAUCGAGAGAUAAACGCGGAAUCCGGACCUCUUAAGAUCUUAAGGCCGUCUUCAAUGCCUCCUCCCACUGUGCCAUAUAAUCUGGUCGGCGAACCUAGUCCAACAGCCCUACCGUCUAUCGCUACGUCUACCAUCAAAGCCUCCGACUUUAGUGCCAGCAAUAACCAGCUGUCGGAUCCCAGUCACGAGCCCCUACCUCAUGUGCCCGAUCCCAUACUCCGCCUCGACCCAGUCACCAUUCCAAUCACUCACUCCCCGCCUCGAUACCGUCCUCCAUCACCUAUCCGUAGGCGCAUCUCGGACGACUUCGAAAGAGAUCCUGGCUUCUCACGAAUGAUAACCAUGCCCAAUGAUCCCACCAUCGCCCCAUCACCUCCUUCAACCCUGCCUUCAUCACCUUUACGUCGCUCCGUGACCCCUCUUCAGACCCACUUCUCACCAGAUGAACGGCUGGCGCUUCGCGAUACGGUUCGAGGAGAUCGACCUCAGGCUGGACCGUCAAGUAUCACAAUCCCGGCUGUCCGUACUUCAUUCGCCAAAGCUCGUUUAACACCGGAAGAGAAGUCGGACUACGAUCUUAACUGGCAGGCACCUGAGCUACUUCCGCUCUCGGGAUCGAAGGCGUCGCCUAGAAAGCCGGUUCAGCUACUAGAGCCAGAUAAUCAUUUGUGGAAGAAGAGCCAACUGGCUGAGCUUCCAGAUCUGUGCCUGGACCCAAACCAACUGACCAAACCCAUACCGGUGGCCAGUCUUCCACCUUUGCCAUCUUCAUUGCCGUCUUCACCCACUACCGAAGAGAUUGUAGCUGCCAAUGGUGGAAUACUUGGUAUCCAUCCGAAAGGUUUAGCGGUCAAAGAAGGGUCGCCGGAAAGCGCCCGGAGUGAGACGCCACCUAGCGUCAGGCGCUCUGCAUCAGCGUCUUCCACACCUAGCGCCGCCAGUGUAGCAAGUGACCAGGCCGAUGCCAUCGACGAGGGAGACAUAGAUGGUGUCUUCUCCCUACCGCUGGCUCAGCAGGAGCAGGAAGCUGCAAACGACGCGGGAGCCAUGUUGGAUCUACUAACAAUGAACGUGGAUCAUUCCGACGAUGGAGCUGAGCCAACACAGCGCGAGCCCAUUGGUGAAGCCGGACCAAUCGCGCCUGUCCAUGCAGCACCUGGAAGACCUUUAGUCGGCCCCAUGCUACCACAACCCAAUCACGAGGAUGACGAAGGCGAUGAUGAUGCUGAGGCGGAGGCUCCGAGGGCGCCGCAAGAUAUGGAGGACGGUUUUGCCGAAGAACAAGAGAUGGAUGCACUUGAGAGAGAAGAUUGGGAUGGUGUACUGGAGGUCGUCGGACUGAUUGGGCCUCUUCAUGGCCUUUUCCAAAAUCUACUAUUCGCUCUCAUCGUCAUGGGAGCUGCACUCUGUUCACUAGUGGCAAUACCCAUCAUUAUCGGCAAACUGGUCUUAUUCGCCGACCCUUUACGUUUGACCGUUUACACAUUCCACAUGGUACUUCGAGGAGUGCACGUCUUGACCAGUCCCGUACUCGACAUCUCUUGGGAGAUUGUGCGUGACGUCUUAUUCAUCCCUGCGUUUAGCUCUGCGAAAGCAUUAUGUCGUAUCCUCGGUCGAGAACUGCAAUUGGGUCAACAAAUUGAUGACUUCACCGGUCGACUCGGCUUUCAUCUCCCGGAUCUACCGACGAUCAUCUCGACGGAAGUCGACAAUGCGUAUCCUUUAACAAGAGCUAUUGGUCUCAAAGUCGUUCAGGCGCAUGAGAGCUUUCGUCGAGUAUGUCUAGAUCUGGCAGCUUCUGACCAUCUUUCUGAUCAAAUAUGGGUUUUGCUCGCUGGCUAUGCGGCGGCGUUUGCUUUCCUGCUCGUCAUAGCAAUGACAGCGGAUGAACAUGGAGGGGUACUGUCUGCUACUCUCGCUAUCAAUUUCAAACGAUACGUUCAGUUUCUCAAGGCAAGUCUCGGCUCUUUACAUCAGCUGUCGUUCUUCAUGAUUUUAGAGCUGGCUGUUUUCCCGUUCACCGUUGGGAUUGUCAUUAACUUCUUCACUGUCCCAUUGUUCCCGGACACGACCAUUACUAGCCGCUUGUCCUACUUCAGAACCAAUCCCUUCGGUGCGAUGUUUACAAAUCUACUUGUUGGGACUUUGUUCAUGUUUUCCUUCGCAGGCAUCUUGGCUUAUCUUCGUAGCAUAUGCAGAAAAGGAGCAUUGUUCUUUAUUCGGGACCCUGCCGACCAAAAUUUCUCCCCUGUCAAAGAUACCAUUGAGCGUCCUACUGGCUAUCAAUUCAGAAAGCUAUUGACUUCGGCGAUCAUGUAUUCUUGUCUGAUAGGUUGCAUCUUCGGUAUCACCUGCUGGGGUAUAUAUUACCAACCUUACGUCGAGGUCCUUCCUCUCCGCACAAAUGGAUUUGAACCACUUUCAUCAAUCCCCUUUGACCUACUCUUCCUCCACAUUAUCUCUCCUCCUCUGAUGGAAUAUUUACGUCCACGAGCUCGACUUCGUCGUCUCACUCAAUCAUUCUUCCGUAACUUAUCCUCCCUCUUCUUACUCACACCACUCAUCAUGUCUCGUAAUCGUCUCACACGACAUCUUCCUCUUCGUGGGCCGUUCAUUCUCGAGCGUAUCGUUUGGCCAACACUGGAUUUCUUCUUCCAAAGAUUUCUCAGUCCAUACGAUAAUAGCGCGACCGCCAUGCGUGUUCCUGCAACUGAUCAGGUCGUUUUACUCCCAUUGUUAGUCCGACGUAAAGCCGGCGUCUUUGUUCCUGUAGACGAAAUUGGUAGACCGAAGACGGACGAACAUAAACUUAAUCUGUUGAAACAAGAUAGAGCAGCAAGGAAAGCGAAUCGUGAUCCUGUCAAAGAUUAUAAUGUGGUUUGGUUGCCAAAGUAUUGGAGAACAAGAGUGCAUGUGUUUAUCAUGAUGUGUAUAUGGGCAAGCGCGGUGGUUGUAGCGGUAGGAUUAUUUGCUCCUCUUUUAGUUGGAAGAGCGGCUUUGAGAUUGUUAUGGGAGGAGAAAGUACAUGAUGGGUAUAGCUUGAUAACAGGAGCAAUCAUCAUUCACCUGGCCAUUUCCCUCGGUAGUCAAGUCCAAAAACGUAUCAUCGCGCUCUCGCGUGCGCCACAACUCAGACGGUCAGACUCUAGCCAACGAUUCAAACGUUCCGUCAUCUUCAAUCUUAUUCGAGGAUACGGGGUCUUCAUGCUGUACGGUAUAGUGCCUUUAUUGCUGGGGAUCAAUUGGGAGGUGUAUUUGACUAUUCCCGUGAGAUAUAUGAGAGAUGGAGGGACCAAGUCUGUUUUGCAUGUUUGGGAUGCCUGGGCUACAGGCGUGAUCAUUUGCUGUCUGUUUGCUGGUAUCAGCGUGGCCUUUCCUAGGUUCGCCGGUCGAGGUCGAGGUCAUCAUCUCCUUCGGUUACUGAGAGCACCAAUGAACUAUAGUUUUCGAACAGUGAACACUGUAACACUUCCCGUUCUAGGUUAUCUCCUCGUACCUUUAGUCUUACCAUGGUUUACCACUGCUAUCCUUGUCCCAUUCAUGUGGUACAGUCCCGACUCGGAUCGGAACUUUGCUUUCCGCUUGGCUUUCCCAUGUUGUCUAUGGACUCUUCUCAUUUACCUCCUCCGUCGACCCGCUCGACAAAAAAUGACAGCUCUUCGACAAAAAAUGAUCGAUGCAGAGUACGUGUUGGAAGAGCGUGUGGAGAAUUACGUACCUUCUGGUCCUCUUUCUCUUCCUCUUGCCAAUCUAACUUCAUCUGGUGAUGAUGAAUGGGAAGAUAUAAUCGAUGAUGAUACUUCUCCUUCCCAUCUUAUGUCUCAAUCAACACUCGAACCAACACCUCCAAUCGCCCAACAAGAUCACCCGGAAACUUCAUCGAAUUCUUCGUUGGUCUUGAACGGGAUGGACAGUAAUGAUUCGAAACAAGACGAAAAUGGAACCUCAGCAUCGGAGAAUGAGGAAGAAAGGGUGAUCCGUUUUCGUCCACCUGAAUCGGUCAUGGAGUUGACAUUGGAGAGAGAAGCACGUAUGGCCGAAGAGAAAGUAGAAGAAUUUGUGAGACGUGAAGGAUUAUGA